UUAUUUGAUAGUUUGGGAUUAUAUUGACAAGGUGGAGAAAUUUACGAGCAGCUAGCUGAGUCAGAGAAGAGACCCCUGAAUGAUCUAAAAAUGUCAGAAUCAUACGAUUUUUUGUUCAAAUUCCUGGUCAUUGGGAGCGCAGGAACAGGAAAGUCAUGUAUUCUUCAUCAAUUCAUCGAAAGCAAAUUCAAACAAGACUCAAAUCACACAAUAGGUGUUGAGUUUGGCUCAAAGAUCAUCAAUGCUGGAGGAAAAUCAGUCAAGUUACAAAUCUGGGACACAGCAGGUCAAGAAAGGUUUAGGUCAGUUACAAGGAGUUACUACAGAGGUGCAGCCGGGGCAUUACUUGUCUAUGACAUCACAAGUCGAGAGACAUACAAUGCUUUGACAAAAUGGCUGACAGAUGCAAGAACGUUGGCUAGUCCAAACAUCGUUAUCAUCCUCUGUGGUAACAAGAAGGAUCUCGACGCAGAUAGAGAGGUUACCUUCCUAGAGGCCAGUAGAUUUGCACAAGAGAAUGAAAUGAUGUUCCUAGAAACAAGUGCGUUGACAGGAGAGAAUGUAGAAGAGGCUUUCUUGAAAUGUGCCAGAUCGAUACUCAACAAAAUAGAAUUAGGUGAGUUAGAUCCAGAGAGGAUGGGAUCAGGAAUCCAGUACGGUGAUUCCACUCUCCGGAAAGUCACCAGACCGCCUGUCAGGAGUACCCAACAAUGCCCAUGCUGAGGAAACCAUCUUGACAACCUAUGAUCAUCAAUAAUAGCUCCAGCCAGCCAACACGUCCAACACCCAAGCCCUAUAAACCAUGCCAAUCGUGAAACCUCUAUGAUGCCGGUCCAUACCUUUUGACGUCCCUUCCUGGUGAAGUUUGUAGGUUCAGAUGUAACGCUUCAUAUAGUGCACACACCUUCAUGACAGACAUAGAGAUUAUGAAUAUUUAUGAUUGCUUUAAUAUUCCAUUCAAACAAUCUCACUAUUACAGUCAUAUGUAUGUUCAAUGACUGCUUGCUAACUUGAAAAAUGUAUUUUAUUCAUAAGAAAGUCUUAUUGCACAAAUUUGUAAGUUGAUGGAAAUAUCCUCCAACUUUUUUCAAGAAAAUGAGAAGGAAUCUACUCAGAAUUUAUGUUUUGUUGAAGUGCUGGUAAACCAGGUAUAUACUAGAAAACUUGUGAUAUAGAGACUGCUUGUGCAGUUGAAUAGUACACACACAAGCUGCUAGUUUGUGCCAGGAGGCUACCAUGCAUGUCAGUCUGAACUUUGAUUUACAAUUUACUUGCAAUAACUAACUAGUGUAUAUAUAUAUAUAUAUAUAUAUAUAGGAGCUUACACCAGGUGAAGUGGGUGAUUGAAACAAGUCUCUAUAUGGUGAUAUGGUAAUGGCUGUCUUAGUAAAGGACAGUCAUAUGAUGAUGAGGGUAGAUUCCUUCAUACCUUCCUGUAGAGCAAAGAUCAAUGCUAUGAUCUAGGAAUGUGUGUAGUUCAAUACUAUGCACCCCUUCAUUAUUUUCUAUCACGGUCUGCUGAAAAAAUAUCACAAAAGUAUCUGCUUGACAGUACAUACAGUGUAAGACUCAUGUUAAAGUGUAUGAUGAAUGGAAUAUCAUAUUUACAUACUUGUUAACAAACCAUGAAAAAAACAUGCUAUUUUACUCUAUCAGAAAUAACUGUUGAAGUUUUUGCACGCUGGUACUACAAAGCAUUACCUGGGUUUUAUAACGUAUUCCUUAACUGUGAAGUAAGCAUUUCGCAAUUGGAUUCUCAGCUUAUCUUAUGUAAGGAUGUUUAAAAGUAAAAUUCAAUACCCUUUUCACUCAGUUAUUAUGUACCAUCAAAUAUCCUUCAGCUGAACAUCAGUAAUGGAUAAACAUGUUAUCGUUAUGAAUUGAUUAAUUAAUUUCAAAUUCAUCAGCUUUCUUCUGAAGUACACGUCAUGUGCAAGAAUUUUCUGGCACCUUCAUUCCUUACAUGGCUAGAGAAUGAUUGAUUUCUUCUUUCAUACUUUGUGUUACAUCUUUGGUGAAUGUAACGUUUUAUAUAUCCUUUCACAAUUCUUCAUUUCCUUUUUGGUCAUGCAUACCAUAAUCUUGUUACUCUUGUGAUACACAAUAUAUCUUGCCUGUAAAUAAAUGUUUAAGAAAAGUACUGGUACUGUGAAAAUUUCACAUUACAUGUAUUACACUACACUUUUUAGUUCCUUAACUUUAAUUUAUUACAAUAAACAUAAUCUAAUGCUCUCAAGAUACUUAAAGUAAUUUUGGGGUAACAAACAACAAAAAA